GGCUAACAUUUUUUUUUUAAAAAAAAAAUCGCUUCCACUCUACCUACCACUUCACUCACUAACUUCCCAAGUUCCAAACUCCUGAACCGUUGAAUUCCUCCACCACCGUCGUGGCUCCGAUGGCCGAUUCCGCCGAACCCAUCAAGAUCAUCACCGGCGCCGACUCCUUCGGUUGCGACCUCAAGGACACCUUGGUCGCCCACCUCCGCUCCCUCAACAUCGAAGUUGAGGACCUCGGCACUUCUUCCUACUACUCCGUCGCUGCUGAGGUCGGUCGCCGAGUCUCCUCCGCUGUCGCAGCAUCCUCCGAUGAUUCCAAAGCAGUCGAGACACGUGGCCUUCUCGCAUGCGGAACCGGUGUCGGCGUCGCCAUCUUCGCCAACAAGUUCCCAGGCGUUCUCGCGGCCACUUGCCUCACGCCUGCAGAGGCUCUUAACGCUCGAUCAAUCAACAACUCCAAUGUCCUAGCCGUCUCCGGCAUGUCGACUUCACCGGAAUCCGCCAUCGAAAUCCUCGAUACCUGGCUCAAGACUCCCUUCACAUCGCCGUGCCCUGCCUCCGGGUCCGAGCCAUGGCCGCAGGAGAUUAAAAGUUUUCUAGAAAAUUCGUUGACGGAGAUGCCAAAGAUCGGUGCCGAACUCCCUAAAAUUGAAGAUUCCACUUGCUCGAUAUGUAAUUUGGUGAAGAGUCGGGUGCUUGGUCCGAUCGAUAUGAUCCCCGGUGGGUCCAUGAAGAUCUUAAGAGAAACUCCUACUACGGCGAUAGUGAGGUUCAAAGCCGGGAGCGUUGAGCCUGCUCACCACCACACGUUUGGGCACGAUUUGGUUGUGAUUGAAGGGAAGAAGACGGUGUGGAAUUUGACAAAGAAGGAAAGAUUCGAUUUGACCAUUGGGGAUUACUUGUUCACUCCUGCUGGCGAUGUUCAUAGAGUUCAGUAUCAUGAAGAGACUGAGUUUUUCAUCAAGUGGGAUGGCCAUUGGGACAUGUUCUUCGAUGAAGAUCUUGAGACUGCAAAGAAGGCUAUUGAGAAAGAAUCUGAAAAUGGGUCAAAGUAAAAUGAUCCAAAUAUGCUACUGUAAGUUGAUUUCUUUCAAGGUCUUUAAAGCUGGUUUCUUUAAAGGGUUUUGAGUAAUUUGGAUGAAGCUGAUGUUGUGUGUGUGUGUGUGUGUGUGUGUGUGUAUAAUAAACAAGUUAUGAGUAUUUUGGAUGAAGCUGAUGUUGGAUAUGUAUAAUAAACAAGUUAUUUGUCUAUUAAUAACAUCUUGCGUGUGUA